AGCUUACGUCCGUUUGAAAAUUAGAACUGCAGAAGAGAGAACGGUUCAUAACUUUAUUUCGAAGAAAUGAUGGCGCCAUUCAAAGAGAGUUCAAGUUCAACAUUGAGACGUUGGCGUAUUACUCGAUUUAAAAACCUUGUGUUGGUUGCUCUUGUUUGCAUUUUGAUAGUCUGUUUGUGUCGGUCUCAGUUGCCAUGGAAUCAUAAAUUCGAGAUCACACUAUUCCCGGGAUGCGAAGACAAGGAGCUAGGAGAAUGCCAAGUGCGAUCUGUUCUCGAAACAAUCAGAUACUAUCAAAAUUCAACUCCAAGACAGACAACCACCAAUAAACGAAACCUGAUGUUCAUUAAAACUCACAAAUGUGGCACAUCCUCUUUAGUGAACACGUUCUAUUUGAUGGGAGUGAGAAGUAGACUGAACUUUGUUGUUCAGCAGAGUGACCAUCCGCAUACACUAGCACUGAAUAUUGAUCCAGCUAAAAUGAGACCACUGCUACCUCCGAGGCCGGGAACAGUUUACAACAUACAGUGUCAACAUGGCACUUUCCAACCAGAUGCUGAACACACGAUAAUGCCCAAAGAAACCUCUUUUUACUCUACUAUUGUCAGAUCUCCAGUGUCCCAGUUUAAGUCUGCUUUUAGCUUUUUUGGUGGUGAGCGCAAAAUGCGAAAGAGGUACGGCAAAGUCUCAAUGGACGAACUGAUUGGACAUUAUUUGGAUCAACAGCCGGCUCCCACCGAGUAUGAUGCCCCACACUCUGUUUAUUCAAUCAACGGUAUAGCUGCAGAUUUGGGAUGGUAUGCUUUUUCUGAAAGUAUGGCGGGGUCAACACUUCAAGAGAAGAUUAACGCCUUUAUAGAACAUCUGGACCAAGAGAUGGACUUUGUUAUGAUAACCGACAGAAUGAACGAAAGUCUUAUCCUUCUUAAAGAAUAUCUUGGCUGGAAUAUGACUGACAUUGUGUAUCUAAAUCGUAUGGUCAGCUCCAAACCAAAAGUAACAAUGUCAGAGGAAACUAAAGCCAGAAUAUUGAAAUAUCAAGUUAUAGAUGUUCAAAUAUUUGAUCAUUUUAAUAAAACAUUCGAGCUGCACCUCGAUAGGGUAGGCAGAGAAAAAGUAGCAUCACAAGUCAAAAAGUUUGAAGAAAUGAGGGAAUCUUUUGAAAACAAAUGUUUUAAUAAAAACAUGACCGUGAAAGGUCCCUAUGGUUCGGUAUCAUGGGAGAUCACAGACUACGGUAGAAAUACAAAUUUAGCCUGCACAUUUCUGCAGACCCGAGAUAUAAAAUUAACAAAUGUCGUUACACAGCUUCAGCUUACCCAAGAUUAUACCGUCCCUAUCGACCAGCCUCUCGUGAUGCGAGAUAUGGUUUCUAAAAUCCAACGGGACUAUGAUAAUAAUGAGGAUCCAGUGUGACACACAGUGUGAUCAACAAGUAAUCCUUUCGCAUUUGAUUGCGAUGGUUUCAUGUAAAUUUGUUGAGAAAAGGGAAAAUAUUUUUGGUAUUAAGAUUGUCAAACGUGAUUAUUUAUUUUAUAAUGUAUUUCACAUUAUCAUUGUUAUUUGUUAUGUUGUUUUAAAUUGAAUGUCAUGUUUCAACAAAAAUUGGUAACUUUCGACGAUAUUGAU